AUGGUCAAAGGGUUUAAAUUAAAGGAAUUACUGAGUCGUCAAAAGGAGACUGAGAAGGCAAUCAAGGAAGAACAAGUCAAGAAUGAAAAGAAGGCAAAUGAAUUAAAGAAGGCUGAACCUACUAUUGUUACCAAUGUUGAUUUGGAUAGAGCCAUUGAAAGGAAGAAGAAGAAAGCAGAAGAAGAUGAACUGGCUAGAAUUAAAGCCAUCGAAGAAGGUAAGGAAUACAAGAGUGAGGCACUUUCUAAGAAAGAAAAGAGGAUGGUAAAGAAACUCUUAAAACGUGAAGCUGAGGAACAACCAAACGAAGAUGAAGAAGAGCAAGAAGAAGAAGAAGAAGAAGAAGAAGAAGAAACUUUAGAUCUUGAAAGAUUGGCAAAGAGUGACUCUGAAUCUGAAUCUGACGAUGAGGAAGAAGAAGAACAAGAAGAAAAGGACGAAGAAGAACAAGACGAAGAAGAAGAAGAAGAGGAAGACGUCCCACUUUCUGAUGUUGAAUUUGAUUCUGAUGCUGAUGUUGUUCCACAUCAUAAAUUAACUGUUAAUAAUACAAAGGCAAUGAAGCACGCUCUGGAACGUGUUCAAUUACCAUGGAAGAAACACUCAUUCCAAGAACAUCAAACCGUCACCUCAGCUACCAACACUGACGAAGGUAUUAAAGAUAUAUAUGAUGAUACUGAAAGAGAAUUGGCCUUCUACAAGCAAUCUUUGGAAGCCGUUCAAGAAGCUCGUGAUGAACUGAAAAGAUUAAAAGUACCAUUUAAGAGACCAUUGGACUAUUUUGCUGAAAUGGUUAAGAAUGAUGAACAUAUGGAUAAGAUCAAGGGUAAACUAGUAAGGGAAGCCUCUGAAAAGAAGGCUCGUGAAGAUGCCAGAAAGCAAAGAAAUUUGAAGAAAUUUGGUAAACAAGUGCAAAUGGCCACUCUACAAAAACGUCAACUUGAAAAGAGAGAUACUCUAGAGAAGAUUAAAUCACUAAAGAAGAAGAGAAAGGAUAACGUAAUUGGCGAUUCUGAUUUCAACGUUGGUAUUGAAGAAGAAGUGAAUGAAAAACCUGCUAGAGGUGACCGUCGUGGUGGUAAUCACAAGAGAGAUGCUAAGAAUGCCAAAUACGGUCAUGGUGGUAUGAAGAGAUUCAAGAGAAAGAAUGAUGCGGAAUCUUCCAAUGAUAUAACCGGUUUCUCCCACAAGAGAAUGAAGGGUAGACCAGGAAAGAGUAAGCGUUCCAGAAGACAUUGA